ACGAAGACUGUGGAGCCUGGCCAGGGGAGUGGAGGAGCUCCUGCUGGACCUGCUCCCAGCUUGGUGGCCACCAGGGAGGAUGCUUUAUGGGGAGAGGUGUGUCUCUUGCCUGCAGUGACCCCCUUGGUGGGCGCUCUGGGAUCCUUACUGAUGCUCUGUUCCUAUGUAGCUGCAACCUCACCCAUUAGCUCUCAGGAGAAGACCUGGUGUUAUGCCCUGGGGUUUGCCACUUUUCUCCCCACCGCUGUUUGCUGAUGGCACACUGGGCAUCAUCCUUGUGCCCCAUCCUCGCCUGCCUGAUGAAGGCCGACCCCAGCACCAGCUCUGCUGGGGUGGGUUUGCUGCCCCUCAUCCUCCUGGCCGUGCUGAGCAGCCUCUCGCUGCAGAAAUCCCUGCCUGCAGCCUACCGAGCCCAGGAGGGUCCCCAGGAGAGCCCAGGCUUGAUCCAGUGCGGGGAGUACAGCAACCAGGUGCUGCCCAACGGGCGCUGCAAGAUCGUGGCCACGCUGCCGCAGGGGGACGAGCAGCGCUGCCCGGACAUGUUCCGCUGCACCGACGAGGUGUCCUACUGGCUCCACGAGAACGAGGAGAGGAAGCAGCAGAUCCUGGAGCUGCGGGAGCUCAUCUCAGAGCUACAGGAGGAGCUGAGGAACCACCGGCACCGCAUCAAAGUCCUUGAGCUCCAGCACGAGGAGGCGGCCGGCCGCAACCACAGCUUGGCCCAGCGGGUGCAGGACCUGGAGCAUCGGUACAGCGAGGCCAGCACCCUGCAGCACAUCCAGGCCACGCUGCUCUACGACAUGCAGGCGCAGAUCAACAACAUCUCCGUCCUCGCCGACUGGGCCUGGCGCAACCCCACCUGCCUGGGCCCCGCCGAGAUGAGGCUGCAAGAGGAGAUGCAGCCAGAGGUGAAGCAUGGCAGGAACUGCCCCAUUGACUGUGCCUCUGUUUACUACAACGGGCUGCGGCGCUCCGGCGUCUACAACAUCAUGCCUUCGGUUGGAGGGAUGCCUAUCGAGGUGCUGUGUGAGAUGGACACUGAAGGUGGAGGCUGGACAGUCAUCCAGAGACGUCAGGAUGGCUCAGUUGACUUCAACCGGACCUGGAAUGAGUACAAGGAGGGCUUUGGAGACCUGAAUGGUGAAUUCUGGCUUGGCAAUGAGAACAUCCACAAGCUGACCAGCCAAGGGGACUACUCCCUGCGCAUUGACCUGGAGGACUGGAACAACAAGCACAAGCAUGCCUUCUACCAGGUCUUCAGCGUUGAGGAUGAGGAGAACUAUUACCGCCUGCACGUGGAUGGCUUCAGCGGGACCGUGGAGGAUUCCUUUGCCUGGUACCACAACAAGAGGAGCUUCAGCACCCCUGACUCGGGGAACAUCUGUGCUGAGAUCUCCCACGGAGGCUGGUGGUACCACCAGUGUUUUUUCUCCAACCUCAAUGGGGUGUACUACAAGGGUGGCAGGUACUCCCUCAAAAACCGCAAGCUGCUGGGGCCGGACGGGAUCGUGUGGUACUCCUGGAAGGACACAGACUACUACUCCUUGCGGAAGGUGGUGAUGAUGAUCCGACCACGCACUUUCCGGCCCCACCUCUCCCCAUGAAGGAGCCUGAGCUGUUCCUCCUUUCACCUCACCUUGAACCUUGGGGACAGAGGGCUGGAAAGAGCCUGCUCUGAGCACAAACUGAUUGCUGGAGACCCUGACAGCACCGAGCCGCCACACGUGUUUGCUCUCAAGAGAAUUGAACUGAGAACAGAGGUGUCAAGACCUUCGUUCUUCCCAGAAAGAGAGAUUGGCCAUUGGAAUGUGCUGCCCAGGGAGGUGGUGGAGUCACCAUCCCUGGGGGGGUUUAGCAAGAGACUGGCUGGGGUGCUUGGUGCCAUGGUUUAGUUGAUUAGAUGGUGUUGGGUGAUAGG